GACAAAGCCAUAUGCUGGAGGAGUUUUGAAAGACUUGUUCAUUCUACUCUCUUUUAAUGCUUGGUUGGCUCUUUAUGAUCUCUGAAUUCUUCUCACACUCCUUCGGAAACUCUCAACCUUCUUCAUAACGCCAUUAAAUCACUACACCUCCUCAUCCUUCAUCUUCCUCCUCCUCAUCCCCCUGAAAUCUCCAUGGAUACCAGCAAAACAGAGAACCCACAGCCUUGGUCUCUUUCUCCAUCCAGUGGCGGAAGACGAAGAAGCAGCGUCUGCAAUUCCCCCGAAUUUGAGUUCUGGAAGGUUCGCAACCCGUCUUUCCCUCAACCCAAUCUCCUCUCCGCGGAUGAGCUCUUCGUCGAUGGCGUCCUCCUCCCGCUCCACCUCCUCCCCCUUCAAAAUAAUUCUGGCCCAUCGGCCUCCACGCAACGCCCGGACACCGAAACUCUCAUAUCGGAGCCGCCGGAUCCAGUGCCUGGGUCCACAACCGAGCCAUCGCCGGCCAUAACAGAUUCAUCUGUGACGACGUCGUUUUCGGCAUCAAAACGGUGGAAAGACAUUUUUAAAAAGAGCGAGAAGAAGAGCGAGGAAAAUAAGAGCUCCUCGGAAGAGAAAGGGAAGAAAAAGAAUAAAGAGAAGAAAAAAAGCGGGAACGGUGCGAGUUCGGCGGAGUUGAACAUCAACAUAUGGCCGUUCUCGCGGAGCAGGUCCGCCGGAAAUGCCAGCACCCGACCCAAGUUAUUUACCGGAUCUCCCGUAACCCGGAAGGUCAACAGCGCGCCUUGUUCUCGGAGUAACUCAGCCGGGGAGUCCAAGUCACGAAAAUGGCCCAGCAGUCCCGGUCGUUCCGGGGUCCAUGUUGGUCGGAGCAGCCCGGUCUGGCAGGUCCGCCGUGCAGGAUCCACCUCGAAGACUUCCGAUUCCGGGGUUCUAAAUACCAGGGGGUCAAGAAGAGAAACCCCCACGAGUCGCCGGAAUAAAACGAGCACCCCAACAACCACCACCGGCGGCGUUAGCUCGAAGGCCAGAGUUUUGAAUAUAAACGUCCCCAUGUGCAUUGGCUACAGACACAAUCUGAGUUGCAGAAGCGACGAUAAAAUUGACGCCGGUGGCCCCGCCGUCUGCGGCGUCGCUGAAAACGACGGAACUGGUAACGCUGCGGGAAGCGGUGGUAAUAUUUUCAAUUUGAAGAGCCUUUUCACUAAAAAGAGCAUGAUAACGUCGCACUAGUGACAAUUAAUUGGACUCCCAUAUACAGUAAAAUAAAUAAAUGCUGCUGAGAUUUCAUAUUUUCACUUUGCCCUCUCUGAUUAACUUUUUCUUUUUUUCUCUCUUUCUGAUGAUCUUUGUAAAGAGAGCUUUGUGGUUGUGUGAUUCGUAUAUACUGUGUUGGAUUGUAUGCAAGGGAAAAGGCAUGUUUCUGAGAAAUGAUGACUCACAGGUGAAGAGUUAGAAGUAGAUUGGUUGAUGAGUGUGGUAGGCUGAUAGGGAUGAGUAGAUAGUAGAUAGGAAUGUUAUGUGAUGCUUCCUUCCUCUUUGGGUGUACUGUAAUGUCAAAUGUUGAAAUGCGUCACCAAAGAAUGUUAUUUCAAGUUUCUUUCUGA